CGAAGGAGAGAGAUGGGGCAGAAGGGGGGAGGGCGACAACACACUUAUGUCUCGUGUCUUCCUUUGAGACCUGUGUCUUAAGACGUUCUGUAAUUGUAUCUCUUUAACCCGGACACAUUCGUAGUGAUACACAUACGCACACAAAAAAAAUAAAUUAUUAUACGGUGAUCAGAUUAGUGAAGGGGAAAAAAUGGCGCCCCAAACCUGGAGUAUGAAUGGAGCACAUGAAAGGCAGGCAGGCUGAGGGCGCCUUGUGACUCGUGGCGCUGAUCCCAUUGUGUUAGCGUUUCCAGACUUGAUCGAUUGAUUUCUCCUGCUGUCUCCAAGUGACUGGCUCCGUUGAUUGUUUCUGUAAGAUGACUUACACGUGACUAUCUAGUAAAUACAGCAUAGAUAUAGGUCAGAGAGAAUGCAGGUCGUCUAUAGCGGAGGGACAACACCCAACCCUUCCCCUGGACGGAGCAGAAAAUCUGGGGGCUACGGCCGCCCAGUUCUCCCAGGCUACAUGACUCACGUGCACCCUCAGGUGACAGUCCAAAGGUCUCGGGAAGACCGCCCCGCGGAGCAGGACCAGUCUCUGAGAGACUACAUCCCAGCCAUGAGCACGGGGCUGGCUGCACUUUGCCUUGUGCUCAACCUGGUCUUACCUGGGACAGGUACCAUGGCCGCUGGAGUGUCCCUCAUGUGUUGUUCUAGGGCACGUCCAGCCGGAAGUUCCAGGAGCCACUGCAUGUGGGUGAACAUUGGCGUGGGCGCCGUCCAGCUCUUCCUGACCUUCAUCUUCCUGAUGGGCUGGAUCUGGAGCAUCAUGUGGGGCGUGGCCUUCAUAUCUAUAGCCAGGGAAUAUAAUCUAAUGGACAGAGAGAACACUAAAACACAGCUUAACAUGAUUAACUCCCCUAGUGUUAGAUUAACGAGUCAUACAAAAGAGACGUCUUCUUCAAGCAAUCAUAGGGCGCACCACAGAAAGCUCCUGGCCGAUGCGCUCCCAGAGCACUCGGCGCCUCUUACUGUCACUUCAAAUGACACGCCCGCCUCGGCCCACAGAACUCCCCAUCACCCUGACCACGACGCCGGCAGCUCGGCCAACGGCGACCUGUGUCCGGAGGUCACGGAGCUACAUGUGACUAACAUCGCCCAAUCGGUGCGCCAGCCGAUCAUUGCCCUCCAGCAGAUUCCCGGGGGUCACCUAGCGCAGCCCGAGCCCGCGGCGCCUAACGAGGCCCUUAUGAAGGCCGGCACGCGGAAGAUGAAAAUUCUGAAGCGGAAGCUGAGCGAUAACGAUUUGUCUCCCUUCGUGUUGACCCACCAGCAGCUGGAAGCCAUUGUCAUCCACGACUUACCGGUCAUCGCGUCCUCUGGCGAGACAGAGGAAGAGGGGAGUGUACUGCCCAAGACAUUAUAACGGUUACUUCCCUUUCAAUGUGGUAAGGACUACACACAGCACUUACUAAGGAAAGAGAAGCGGGAACAAGACUGCCUCAAAUAAUUACAUCUAGAUCUAGACUGUAGAAAGGUAUACAUCUAGAAUCUAGAUCUACUUCCCUACAAAUGCAAUUCUACUCAGCGUAAUUUAACAAGAAAAAGGGGACAUAACUAAAUACAUCUAAAAUUACUUCCCUUAGAAUGUGAUUUUCACCGUGCCUAAUAAAGUAUUAUAUGAAUUAUUUUUUUUUUAUCUUUGUUAAUCUAAUGGGCCCGGCCGCGAUAUUAUGCUUUCACAUCACGAGGUCCAAUUAGUUUUCUGUCAACAACAACAAACAAAAAAGUGUUCCAAUAUUCAUAGUUUUUGUUGUUGUUUUUUUUAUGUUUUUUUUUACUUUGUUUUGUAAAUACAUAUUUUUGUUCUAAUUAGUUUGAAGUAUAGUUUAUGUAGCUACUUGAUCACUUGUGUUUUGGUCUUCAUUGGAAUAUGCUGUAAUAUUAAAGUUUUAAAAAAAUAUUUUUACAUUUUGUUCAUUAAAAAGUUGGCAUAUGAUUCCGUCUUGCUAAAAGUAGUUGCAAAUUUAGUGUUGCCAAGUUAGUUGAUUUUUUAACAACUCUUUGUAUCUUAUCUUCUUAUCUUAUACGAUACAGACUUUACUUCAAAAAGAUGAUUACGUCCUAUGCGUCAUGCAUUUAGUCAUGCAUAUUAACCAAUGACCUAAACUCCGCCAAGUCACUGGUUUUCCUGGCUAGCUGAGGCUACCCAUUCCAUGCUCUAAUAGCACUAGGGAAGAAGGAGCUUUUGUACAAAUUUGUCCUGGCAUAUGGGACGUAUCUACUUUCUAUCACUACUCACGGCCGGCCUUAGAUAAUUGGAGGCCCUUGACAAAGUGAAUUUGGUGGCCCCCAAAUGAAAAAGAACAAUAAGCAAAUAAACAGCGAAAAACAAAAUACGCCUUUGAUUUCAAACCUUUGGUACUCCAGCAAUAGCCCAACAUUAGCAUUAGGGACAAGUAUUUCCUUUCUAAAACAUUGUUGUGAGUCUUGUUUGAGGCUCUCACCAAUAGGAGGCCCUAGGCGGCUGCCCUGUUUGCCUAUGCCUAAGGCAUUUAAAUUUCACUUAUUAUCCGCUUCCCUACCCAAACUUGGCCCCGCGAAAUCCGUUUAGCAUAGGGCUCUACAAUGGUUAAGUCCGGUUCUGCUAUUUAGUGACCGGACUUAUACUACUUCCCUCCCGCCCUUCUUUUUUUUUUUCGCCUCUUAAAUUACCAAUGAUAACUCCCUCCGUCCGACUUGCAAAAAUAAAAGAGUGAUCUUUCCAUGGUGUCCAAACUCUUGAGCGUGUUCUGUGUCGCCUCGAAAGUUACUACAGAGUAGAUUACCCCCCUCCCCUUUUUUUUAACGUGAGGUAGAAAUAAAAAAAAAAAAAGAGUGAUAUUUCUUGGUUACAAUGGUCCUGCCCUGCUAUAUUGUGACUACGUGUUCUCUCCCCCCCCCCCACCUCUUGUUUUCUCGUGGACUAUCCGCAGAUAUAAGAGAGUGAUCUUUCCUUUACUUCUUCUUCUCGUUUAAACUGAUGAGGGAAGAAGAGAAUUAUAUAUAUAGAUGUGUCCAUUACAUUUGUUCACAAGUUAUUGUCCCCAUUAAAGAGUACCACCUACUGUAGGUGAGCUCCUAGAGUAAUCCCAACUUCAAUACUGACUCUCAGAUUGAUACUUAAUCUAAAUCAGUCUUACAGUUCACUCCUCACAACUAAUCAUUACUCUAAUAAGACCCUAAAAUACAAUUUAAAAAAAAACAACAAGAAAUUAUAACAAGUGAAUUGAAAGGACACGCGUUAAUUAUUUGUUCUUGCUCCUCUUAGGUAAUUUUAAAUAGGUUAUUUCGGUGACCUUAACAAGGUCAGGUCAUUAUGGCAUUCUUGGUGAUGUCAAUAGGUUAGUCUUGAUAGGGUCAUAGUCGCAGCCUUAGGACGAUUAUCGUAUUCCUCUGAGCCCGACAGUAAGUGAGUUCUUGUGAGAGAUUCACUUUUUGAUGUCACCAGGUUAAAUACUAUCUAAACCCGUUCUUAAAAUACUUCACAGUCAUAUUAACAAUCAUAUCUUUGAGUCGACUUUCUAAAGUCAUAUCUUUGCAGUCAUAUCUUUAGAGUCAUAUCUUUAAAGAUACAUUUCUAGUCACAUCUUUACAGUCAUAUAUUUACAAUCAUAUCUUUACAGUCAUAUCUUCACAGUUAUAUCUUUACAAUCAUAUCUUUACAAUCAUAUCUUUACAGUCACAUCUUUACAGUCAUCUUUACAUUUAUAUAUUUACAGUCAUAUCUUUACAAUAUUAUCUUUACAGUCAUAACUUUACCGUCACAUCUUUACAGUCAUAUCUUUACAGUCACAUAUUUAGUCAUAUUUUUACAGUCAUAUAUUUACAGUCAUAUCUUUACAGUCAUAUCUCUACAAUCAUCUCUUUGUGGCACGCACCAGACAACAAGAAGCAAGUAUUGAUUCUUCCAGCUUCGACGUCUUAUCAUACAUUACACACACACACACAAGCAAACACACACACAAAACACACACAAUGAUUCCAAUUAUUUCAGACGGAAUAUCGCCUUAAUGUUUUUUUAUGAAGUAUUUGAAACACUACACACACACACAUUUGUGUUCUGUUUCCAGAUAGUUUAGUUUCUUUGUUUCUCGAGAGGCUGGCGAUAGACUUAGAAAUAGAAUCAUGUGUAUAUAUAUAUAUAUAUAUAUAUAUAUAUAUAUAUAUAUAUAUAUAUAUAUAUAUAUAUAUAUAUAUAUAUAUAUAUAUAUAUGCGCCCAGCAUUCCCAUUUUUUUUCAUGUGGCCUUUGAUAGAAAAAGGUUCACCACCCUUUCAAUACACAAACCCGAACUCUAAUACCAAAUCCCUCGAAAAUAAAAUGGAUGCUGGCCACAUAAAACCCUCCUGGCAUUGGACCGCAGCAGCGGAUGGAAUGUCCCCCUACUCUAGGAAAUGUAAAAUCUUAAAAGAAAAAUAAUACUAAUGAUAAAUCAGUAGCUUGAAAUAAAAAGCAACUCACAAAAACACAAAUGUUUUCUUAUUUGUUUUUGUCAAAUAUUUGUAUUAAUUUGUAUUACAGUUUGUUUGUUUUUUCAAUUUUGUUUGUAGACAAAAAAUCAAGGAAUUAAUCUUUGUAUCUUUUUUUUUUCUUUUUCGGGUGGGCCGAGGAGGAUUUCCUCCAUCAGUCUACAGUGUAUCCGGAAGUAUUGAUUAGCUUUGGAUGUUAAAGUGUUCAAUAUUAUCUGGGCACUUUUUUGUAGCCUGCAGAAUCACAUUGCAAAGCAAGCUUAAAGCACAAAGUAAUUGAUAUUAUUUUGUUAGCAACAUUGAUCUCUUAAUCUAGCGUCCUUGACAUUGUUUUGUUUAUUUAUCUCGAAAUUUCUCUAAUACAUUUUUUGUUUAUAUUUUAAUUACGUUUUCCUUUUGUUCCCAUUACAUCGCCUCCAAACUUCUC